CGUCGAUGGGCGAAUUGUCCUGCCAUGACAGCAGCAUCUCCCACACCCACAACGUCUGUCGCAUCUGCGGUGUCGGUCAGGUGUCCUGAAGGGGCAUCGUCGGAGCCUUCACCGGCGGUGGACCCUUUUGCAUAGAGGAUGCCCUUUGUCCGGGCGCGCUCUUCCUGUUUGUAUGUAUCACACAAAACGAUGAAGGACGCGGCUCGUGCUGCGAGGGAAGGCACUUUUCCUUCAUCGGCGCCCGCGCCGUUGGUGCCGAUGGCAUAUCCGAGUGGCACGGUCGCGCUGAGCCACUCGGGGGAAGUUGUGUCAACGGUCGUGCCACCAUCAUGAUCGGAGGGCCUACAGGCCAGGCGAUGCUUCUGUGGUGGGCGCGCUCGGUGCCUUGCUGCCUCCACCUCCCUUAGGUUCCUUGUCCCUGAGUGCGGUGAAGGCGAGCCACUUGGGAGAGGUCGAGGUGGCGAGAGUGUCAUUGUGCCUUGAUGUCCCUUCAAGCGAGCCCGGUGGCGCCCUUGCGUCGGCGGUUUUGCCACCUCUGCCACCCCGACUCCUCCACCUCCGAGUGCGAAGAGGGUGGCUCUCGCGAUGCUACUGGCCCCUACAGUUGGGACCACUUUGGAGUAGUGCUCCGACGAUCUCUGUCCUCCUCUCGAGGUGACCAGAGCAAGAGAGGUCGAAGUAGAGGAGUGGGGGAUCGUCAAGAAGGCUUACACAUUGGCUUCCUAGAUCUCAUGGGUUAUCGAUGUGCCCAUGCCGCCAUUGAGGAGGUGGCAUCGAUUGCUUGCUCGACGAUCACAAGUCAGAUGCUUCCUGUUGGGAGCCUAGCUUACUGAAGAUCCUCAAAAUGCCUUUACCUUGCUAUAUGCAAAUGUGUUUCGGGUAUGCGGUAAAGAGCGGACAAAGUUGGGCUUUGACCGAAGCAAUGAAUAGAAGAGAUUUGUCUGUAUAUAUGCGCGGCAAGGACGUCGGUCGAAGGUUGCUGGCUUCGACGUAAAGAAAGGAUCAAGCGUGAGGUAGCAAAGGGGGAGAAGCAAAAGUCUUAUGAGACAAGAAAGAAAGGGAAAAGGCAAUAUUACCCCUGUACUAUUUGUUAAUCAUAUUUGUAAGCUUCGUGGGCAUGCAUGUAAUUUCAUGAGUGAUUGUUCGUCUUCCCUAUAAAUAGAUGAACAAUUCCGUGUAAAAAUUCACCUUUUUGAAGGUCCUUAGCUUCGUUCCACUUAGCCUUCGAAGUAUCUUCAAGCUAUCUUGCACAAAGAAGCCGAAGGUAUGUUUGUAAACUUAUUUAAUAUGAAGGG